AUGACUAUACCACGGCCUGCGCUUAUUAAGAAUGCAAAACUCCCGCAAGUUUACGACGACAAGCAUUCAUACACAAGACACGCGAGCUUGGACAAGGAUAUUGCUGCAAUGCAGCUUCCAUCUCGUUAA